AGGAGGCUCAGUGCACAGGGAGGAGGAACAGCACAUCCCACCCAUCAGGACAGCAGUGCUUGUGAGCAUUUCUGGAAUCCAAGUUCUUCCCACAGAGGGAGGGACAGAGCAGGCAGCGGACACCAUGGAGUCCCCCUCAGCCCCUGCCUACAGAGGACUUGUCCCCAGGCAGGGGCUCCUGCUGGCAGCCUCUCUCUUAACCCUCUGGAGCCUGCCCAGCACUGCCCAGCUCACUAUUGAAUCAGUGCCGCCCAAUGCUGCCGAAGGGAAGGAUGUGCUUCUCCGUGUCCACAACCUGCCUGGGGAUCUAGUGGGCUAUGCCUGGUACAAAGGGGAAACAGUGGACAGCGACCUUCGAAUUGUAUCAUAUGUAAUAGACACUCAAAAAACUACCUACGGACCUGCAUACAGUGAUCGAGAAAAAAUAUACCCCAAUGGGUCCCUACUGUUCCAGAACGUUACCCUGAAGGAUACAGGAUACUACACCCUACACGCCACAGAGAAAAAUUUUCAGAGCAAACAAGUAACAGGACAGCUCCGUGUAUACCCCACACUCUUCACCUUCUGGAGCCUGCCCACCACUGCCCAGCUCACUGUUGAAUCAGUGCCGCCCAAUGCUGCCGAAGGGAAGGAUGUGCUUCUCCGUGUCCACAACCUGCCUGGGAAUCUAUUCGGCUAUGCCUGGUACAAAGGGGAAAUAGUGGACAGCAGCCGUAAAAUCAUAUCAUAUGUAAUAGACACUCAAACAACUACCCCCGGGCCUGCACACAGUGUUAGAGAGACAAUAUACCCCAAUGGAUCCCUCUUGUUCCAGAAAGUCACCCUGAAGGACUCAGGAUACUACACCCUACUAGCCACAGGGAAAGAUUUACAGAACAAACAAGUAACUGGACAGCUCCGUGUAUACCCCUCACUCUUAACCCUCUGGAGCCUGCCCACCACUGCCCAGCUCACUAUUGAAUCAGUGCCGCCCAGUGCUGCUGAAGGGAAGGAUGUGCUUCUCCGUGCCCACAACCUGCCUGGGGAUCUUGGAGGCUAUGCCUGGUACAAAGGGGAAACAGUGGACAGCAACCAUAAAAUUGUAUCAUAUGUAAUAGACACUCAAAAAAUUACCUACGGACCUGCAUACAGUGAUCGAGAGAAAAUAUAUCCCAAUGGAUCCCUGCUGUUUCAGAACGUCACCCGGAAGGACACAGGAUACUAUAUCCUACUAGCCAUAGACAAAAAUUUUCUGAGCAAAUCAGUAACUGGACAGCUCCGUGUAUACCUGGAGUUACCCAAACCCAACAUCACAAGCAACAACUCCAACCCUGAGGCGCACAAGGACCCUGUCGUGUUAACAUGUGAACCUCGGACUCAGAACACCACCUACCUGUGGUUGAUCAACAGUCAGAGUCUCCUGGUCAGUUCCAGGCUGCAGCUGUCCAAGGACAACAGGACUCUCACUUUACUCCCUGUCACAAGGAAUGACACAGGACCCUAUGAGUGUGAAACCCGGAACCCCGUGAGUGCUGGCCGCAGUGACCCAUUCACCCUGAAUGUUCUCUAUGGCCCGGACGCCCCCACCAUUUCCCCCUCAAACUCCCAUUACCUACGUGGGACAAACCUCAACCUCUCCUGCCAUGCAGCCUCUAACCCGCCUGCACAGUAUUCCUGGUUUUUCAAUGGAAGGCCCCAUCACCCCACACAGGAGCUCUUUAUCCGCAACGUCACUUCCAAUGAUAGUGGAUCCUAUACCUGCCUCGCCCAUAACUCUGUCACUGGCCUCAAUAGGACCACGGUCAAGACUAUCACAAUCUCUGAGCCUGUGGGGAAGCCCUCCAUCCGAGCCAGCAAUGUCACAGUCACAGAGCAUAAGGACGCCGUGGUCCUGACCUGCCUCACAAAUGACACAGGGAUCUCCAUCCAGUGGCUCUUCAAGAACCAGAGUCUCCUGCUCACGGACAGGAUGAAGCUGUCCCAGGACAACAGCACCCUCACCAUAGACCCCGUCAGGAGGGAGGAUGCUGGGGAUUAUCACUGUGAGGUCUUCAACCUGGUCAGUUCCGGCAUAAGUGAGCCCCUCAGGUUGGAUGUGCAAUCCUCACUCUUAACCCUCUGGAGCCUGCCCACCACUGCCCAGCUCACUAUUGAAUCAGUGCCGCCCAAUGCUGCCGAAGGGAAGGAUGUGCUUCUCCGUGUCCACAACCUGCCUGGGAAUCUGAUCGGCUGUAUCUGGUACAAAGGGGAAAUAGUGGACACCAGCCAUAGAAUCAUAUCAUAUGUAAUAGACACUCAAACAACUACCCUCGGGCCUGCACACAGUGGUAGAGAGACAAUAUACCCCAAUGGAUCACUGCUGUCCCAGGGCGUCACCCUGCAGGACACAGGAUACUACACCCUACUAGCCACCAGGAACGAUUUACAGCAUGCACAAGUAACUGGACAGCUCCGUGUAUACCCCUCACUCUUAACCCUCUGGAGCCUGCCCACCACUGCCCAGCUCACUAUUGAAUCAGUGCCACCCAAUGCUGCCGAAGGGAAGGAUGUGCUUCUCCGUGUCCACAACCUGCCUGGGAAUCUUGGAAGCUAUUCCUGGUACACAGGGGGAAAGGUGGACAACAGCCAUCAAAUUGUAUCAUAUGUAAUAGACACUCAAACAACUACCCCCGGGCCUGCAAGCAGUGGUAGAGAGACAAUUUACCCCAACGGAUCCCUGCUGUUCCAGAACGUCACCCUGAAAGACACAGGAUACUAUACCCUACUAGUCACAGACAAAGAUUAUCAGAGCAUGCAAGUAACUGGACAGAUCCGUGUAUACCCAGAGUUACCCAAACCCAGCAUCACAAGCAACAACUCCAACCCCGAGGAGUACAAGGACCCUGUCAUGUUAAUGUGUGAACCUCGGACUCAUGACACCACCUACCUGUGGUUGAUCAACAGUCAGAGUCUCCCAGGCAGUGCCAGACUGCAGCUGUCCAAGGACAAUAGGACUCUCACUUUACUCCCUGUCACAAGGAAAGACACGGGACCCUAUGAGUGUGAAAUCCAGAACCCCAUGAGUGCCGGCCGCAGUGACCCUUUCACACUGAAUGUUGUCUAUGGCCCGGACACCCCCACCAUUUCCCCCUCAGACUCCCAUUACCUACGUGGGACAAACCUCAAACUCUCCUGCCAGGCAGCCUCUAACCCGCCUGCACAGUAUUUUUGGCUUAUCAAUGGGAGUUCUCAGCACCCUGCACAGGAGCUCUUUAUCCCCAGCAUCACUUCAAAUUACAGUGGAUCCUAUACCUGCCUCGCCUAUAACUCUGUCGCUGGUCUCCAUAAGACUAUAAUCAAGACUAUCACAGUCUAUGAGCCCGUGGGAAAGCCCUCCAUCCGAGCCAGCAAUGUCACAGUCACAGAGCAUAAUGACGCCGUGGUCCUGACCUGCCUCACAAAUGACACAGGGAUCUCCAUCCGGUGGCUCUUCAAAAACCAGAGUCUCCUGCUCACAGACAGGAUGAAGCUGUCCCAGGACAACAGCACCCUCACCAUAGACCCCGUCAGGAGGGAGGAUGCCGGGGGUUAUCAGUGUGAGGUCUUCAACCUGGUCAGUUCCGGCAUAAGUGAGCCCCUCAGGUUGGAUGUGCAAUCCUCACUCUUAACCCUCUGGAGCCUGCCCACCACUGCCCAGCUCACUAUUGAAUCAGUGCCGCCCAAUGCUGCCGAAGGGAAGGAUGUGCUUCUCCGUGUCCACAACCUGCCUGGGAAUCUGAUCGGCUGUAUCUGGUACAAAGGGGAAAUAGUGGACACCAGCCAUAGAAUCAUAUCAUAUGUAAUAGACACUCAAACAACUACCCUCGGGCCUGCACACAGUGGUAGAGAGACAAUAUACCCCAAUGGAUCACUGCUGUUCCAGGGCGUCACCCUGCAGGACACAGGAUACUACACCCUACUAGCCACCAGGAACGAUUUACAGCAUGCACAAGUAACUGGACAGCUCCGUGUAUACCCGGAGUUACCCAAACCCAGCAUCACAAGCAACAACUCCAACCCUGAGGAGUACAAGGACCCUGUCAUGUUAACGUGUGAACCUCGGACUCAUGACACCACCUACCUGUGGUUGAUCAACAGUCAAAGUCUGCCGGCCAGUGCCAGGCUGCAGCUGUCCAAGGACAACAGGACUCUCACGUUACUUCCUGUCACAAGGAAAGACACGGGACCCUAUGCGUGUGAAACCCAGAACCCCGUGAGUGCUGGCCGCAGUGACCCAUUCACCCUGAAUGUUGUCUAUGGCCCGGACGCUCCCACCAUUUCCCCCUCAGACUCCCAUUACCUACGUGGGACAAACCUCAGCCUCUCCUGCCAGGCAGCCUCUAACCCACCUGCACAGUAUUCUUGGCUUAUCAAUGGGAGUUCCCAGCACCCCACACAGGAGCUCUUUAUCCCCAACAUCACUUCAAAUUAUAGUGGAUCCUAUACCUGCCUUGCCUAUAACACUGUCUCUGGCCUUCAUAAGACCAUAAUCAAGACUAUCACAGUCUAUGAGCCUGUGGGGAAGCCCUCCAUCCGAGCCAGCAAUGUCACAGUCACAGAGCAUAAGGACGCUGUGGUCCUGACCUGCCUCACAAAUGACACAGGGAUCUCCAUCCGAUGGCUCUUCAAGAACCAGAGUCUCCUGCUCACGGACAGGAUGAAGCUGUCCCAGGGCAACAGCACCCUCACCAUAGACCCCGUCAGGAGGGAGGACGCCGGUGGCUUUCAGUGUGAGGUCUUCAACCUGGUCAGUUCCGCCAUAAGUGAGCCCCUCAGGUUGGAUGUGCAAUCAAAACAAAAGGACACGGGCUACUCUGUGGGGACCAUCGUUGGCAGCGUGAUCGGGGUCCUCGUUGUGGUGGCUCUGGGGACCUCCCUGGGCUAUUUCCUGUACCUCAGGAGGACGAGGAGGGCCAGUGACCCGCAUGGCCUCCGAGAGCACCCACCUCCAGCGGCCACCCCUGGUGAGUGUCUGUUCAGCCUGGAGCCCCUGGGCCUGCCCCACAGUGUCCACCCCUGCCCUUGUCCCUCAGGCUCUGAUCCUUCCUUGGGUUUCAAGGGGGAUUCUCACCACCACUCUGCACGGGGGACCCUGGAUCACCAGUCAACCCUGACCUUUAGGCUGUGUCAUGUGUCACCACCUCUCCCUCACUGGACCCUGAAAUGGCCAGAGGGUCUCACCUUGGGAGAUGACCUUCCACCCUUGGCUCUUGGGAGCUAAAGAACCACCCCCUCC